AUGCCUGAAUACUCAGUUGAUCUCUUGACCAAGGAGCAGCGAUCAAUGUACGAUAUGAUGUCUCCCGAGGAGCGCGCGGCAUUCGACGAAGAGAACACCCGCAUGGUUGCCGAAUUUAACGACCCCGGGAAGCGCGCCGCGGCCUUCGAGGAACUCGAGCAGAGCAUUCUAAAGAUUGAUAAAGAAGAGGAUCUCCGAUUCGAAGAGAUUCGCCGCCCCCGUCGGGCUGGUUUCUGGUCUGAGGAUGAGCCUGACGACUUGGUGAAUAUGCUCGAGGAUGGAGAUGAGGAAAUCAAUGACGACGAAAUCACGUCCAUGGCACACGCAGAGAUGGAAUUGCACCGUGAAAUGAGAGAAUAUGCCCGCAUUACAGCAUGGGACAUGCCAAUGCUGAGCAAGCUCGCCAAACCAUUCACUCUUCCUCCCCCCACCCACGUCCUCCGCUUCCGCUACACUACCUACAUGGGUGAACAGCACCCGGCUGAGCCCAAGGUCGUCGUGGAGCUUUCAUCCCAAGAUCUGACCCCCAAGUACCUCACCGAAGCCCAGCGCCAAACAUUCCUCAAGCUGGCCGGUACGCGCUACAACCCGCAGACCGAUAUCAUCCGCAUGUCGAGCGAGAAGUUCGGCUCGCGUGCUCAGAACAAGCGCUACCUGGCCGAUCUCGUUAACUCGAUGAUCAAGGAGGCCAAGGAAGGUGACGCCUUCGCCGAUAUCCCGCUCGACCUCCGCCACCACAAGUACAAGACCAGACUGCAAUUCCCCGAAUCCUGGAACAUGACCGAAACCCGUCGGAGUCAGCUGGCUGCGCGCCGCAAGGAGCGUCUAUCUGCCGAGGAGACGCGAGCUGCCCUUGUGGACGGUAAUUCGGUUGUCUCUGAUGCUAUUAAGGCUCUGCCUUCGCUCAACCCUGCUCUCCAGGCCAAGGCUGCUGACGAGCGGGAGCGCGUUGCUGUCAAGGUUGGUGCGCGGAAAAAGGUGGCUCGUCGGUAA